GUGUGAGGACAAUAAGUCUGUGAUGACAAUUUUAUGAGUACUGAAUCGAGUUCCGCUGAGACUUGCUGUUCCGACGAGAACGUGGACAGCAGCAGACCGACGCAGCAGUACGUUGUACGUGUGUACGCUUGUAGGCUGCCAAAAGCACAACCAUCCGGGUGUCAUGACUCAUGACAAUGGAAGAGGGAGAUAUGCGUACUACGCACUGAGCGUAUUUCAAACAAAACUGGUUUUAAAUGAUUAACGAAGCGCCGAUUUCAGUUGCUCCUAUCUCCCUCCUUGGAUUUCGAUCUCCAAAGCUAUCAUUCUUCUCUGCAACUUCUCUCUGUUAUCUCCGACGCCGUUAUAUCUUCGAGAAGCGUAUCGGAGAAUACUUUCCAUCUCGACCGUCUAUUUUCUCCAACAUCCCUCUUCUUGUUGCUUCUUUCUCUGUUCAUUGUUUCUGAGCUUUGGAAGACGACAAUGGCAGAGGAUGAGGGGAGUUAACCCCAUGAAUCAAUGUAGCCAUGGAUCUAGCGAAAUGGACAGCCAAGAUUUUGUGACUGAAAGAGUGCUAGGGUUUCAGUCAUGGCGGCAGAAACGUCUCGCAGCUGGAUGGACUCUUACAAGGGCAUGUCCUCGGACAACAUCAAGGGUCUGGUUCUGGCACUGUCGUCGAGUUUCUUCAUCGGUGCUAGCUUCAUUAUUAAGAAGAAGGGGUUAAAGAAGGCGGGAGCGUCUGGAAUUAGGGCAGGAGUUGGAGGCUAUUCUUACUUAAAUGAGCCACUUUGGUGGGCAGGCAUGAUGACAAUGAUUGCUGGUGAAAUUGCUAAUUUUGCAGCUUAUGCAUUUGCGCCAGCUAUUCUAGUUACUCCUCUUGGUGCACUCAGUGUUAUUAUCAGUGCUGCACUUGCACAUAUUAUUUUACGGGAGAAACUGCAUAUUUUUGGAAUUCUUGGUUGUGUAUUAUGUGUUGUGGGAUCAACAACAAUUGUUCUACAUGCUCCUCAAGAACGUGAGAUUGAGUCUGUGAAGGAAGUCUGGGAUCUUGCUACUGAGCCAGCUUUUCUUUUAUAUGCUGCCUUGGUGAUGACAACAGUUUUUAUUCUUAUAUUCCAUUUUAUACCAGAGUAUGGUCAGACACAUAUAAUGGUCUAUAUUGGGGUUUGUUCGCUUAUAGGCUCUCUAUCGGUAAUGAGUGUCAAGGCACUGGGAAUUGCUUUGAAGUUAACAUUCUCGGGAAUGAAUCAGUUAAUAUAUCCCCAAACAUGGGCCUUCACCAUAGUUGUAAUUUCUUGUGUAAUUACUCAGAUGAACUACUUAAACAAGGCUCUUGAUACAUUCAACACAGCAGUUGUAUCACCUAUUUACUAUGUGAUGUUUACAUCAUUAACCAUUUUGGCUAGUGUGAUCAUGUUUAAGGACUGGGAUAGGCAAAAUCCAACACAAAUUGUGACAGAAAUGUGUGGAUUUGUAACAAUACUUUCUGGCACUUUUCUUCUUCACAAGACGAAGGAUAUGGCUGAAGGUCUGUCGACAUCCUUGUCCUUCCGCCUUGGUAAGUACACCGAAGAGGAUGGCUUUGAUUCUGAAGGCAUUCAUCUUAGACGCCAGGAACCCUUGCGAGCACCGUGAUGUAUUCUUUAAGUCAUCUCUCUACAUUGCAAUUUCAGGGAGGGACCACUCUGCCAUCAACCUAUAUUUCAUCGUAGCUUUGCUUGAUCAACCCCAUCAUGUUCUUUUUGACUAUAAAUAGUAAACCAAGCAGGGCUUUUCUUUUCUGGAUCAAAAUGAAAUGAUGCUAUUUCACCAUUAUGCCGUAUUCUCGUCCUUUGCUUCUUCCCCCCUUCCCCAUCUAUAGACAUUUGCAAAUAUAAUUUUGAACACAUUGGUUAUAUGAUAGUGUAUUUUAAAUUCAAUUUGCUAAGAAAUAUAGACUUCCUCACAUAAUUCAUGAAUUACUUGUCGUUUGUGUAAACAA